AUGGGGGCAUGCUCUUUCCAGGGGACAAACAAAGGUCCCAGUGAACUAAAAGUCAAAGCUGAUGCCAGGGCACUUUGGAUCCUUGUGCCCAGGGAUCACCAGUUUCCUUGGCAGAAGAGGCAUUUGAACAAAUACCUGGACACGAAUCUUUUCAUUUGUGUACUACUUUUGUUCAUUUGGACAAGUAUUUGUUUAAAUACAAGCCAGAGUAAUGAAUCUUCUACUAAAGGAGCUAAGCAUGGUGAAUCAAUGCAGACCAAGUUGGACAAUUUUAGACUCAUUAUCAUAAUUGGUAUUAUGAUCAUAGGUUUUGGCUUUACCUGUUCUUAUGUUAUCCACUAUAAUUGUAUGAGCGACAAUGCCUGCAAAGAUCUAAUCAUGAAGAAAGAAUAGAUAACAGCCAAGUCAUCCAGAUUGAAAAUAUUCAGUAAAUUCAAGACAGACUGUCCAUGCAGUCCAGAAAAACAACCCAUGCUAUCCAGUGUAAACAAGUUAUCUAGACCCUCAAGUCCAGAAAAGUCAUCCAAAUCAUCUAGUGAAGAAAAGUUAAUCAGACCAUCUCAGGAAAACUCAUCUAGGCCAUCAAGCCCAGAGAACGUAUUGAGGUCACCCCACCUGGAAAAGUCAUACAGAACAUGCAGUCUAGAAAAGUCAUAUAAGCUAGUCAGUCAAGUCAGUUAAUCCUAUCCAAAUAAGGCAGUCAGGUCACCUUGGCCAACCAGUGUACAAUAUCCAGUCAGACUAACCAAGCCACCUUGUCCACCCUGUCCAUGAAAUCAAAUCUUGCCACCCAAGCCAUUCAGUUUACAGAAACUGCCCAAGUCCCCCAGACACCCUAAUCUAAAAAGGUCAGUUAAUACAGGAAUGUCAGACAUGUUACCUAGGCCUCAAUUAGCCAAGCCUUGUUUGUGCUACAAGAAAAGAUGUCUCGCCUGCAGAACUUCCAAGUCUUUGGUCAAAAUUUCUCAGAGAAAUCUGAGUGUUCUUCUACAACAGCCUCGGGGCAAGCCAUUAAAGGGCGGUGCAAACCGGGGAAAGCAACCACCAUUCGGGGCUUUGCCUCAUUUUUUUCUCCUCAUACUACCCACCGCGGGAGAAUAUGCCAAACGCUCCUGGCCUCCACUUCGAGCUGGUGCUGAGAACCGCGGUUCGGCCCUGUGGUGUCAGCCGCUUCCGGCUUCAACCCUCCGAGCAAACCCCGUAUGGGCGAGUGGGGGAGCUCCCAGCCUGCAGUAUGAGGCCGAAUAG